UGUUUUGUGAUCAAAUGCACUAAUUCGAAUUUGGGACAAAGGGGAUUUCUACAUCACAUAUACCGAUCAAUGAAAGAAACUAUACGAGUUUCACGCCGUUCGAUCAGGACAUCGCCAAGAUGGAUGCCCACUCUUCGUGCUUCCUUGCAGAGUCCUGCAACUCCUUGCCGCUGUCCGCAUCCGCGAUGUGUCUUUCUCCAGGUUGCAGUGUUGAAGUCCUAGUCUACGUGCUACAUACGUGCUAUGGCAAAAAGAGUUUCGGCUAAACGGUGAUCGAAUUUUGGGUCCGCUGAGCAGGGCCAUGAGAAUGCCAAGCGGUUCCUUUUGUUUUCGUUUACCGAUGGUUUUUAUAAGUUACUUUGUCGUCCAAAAAAGGGGAGCCGCCGGUGAUUUGCUUCCACCCGCUCACUCAUCGGUUCUUCAGCUAUUAUCGAGAAACAAAAAAAGCUGUAAGGACAAAUCCGCCCCAUCCACAGCCUUGAUUCUCUCAACCCGCAACAAAAGAAAAACGACCGCAGAAAAACACAUGAUGCAACGCACCUUCUCCAGCACCUCCCUCUGGCCCGCACCCACCCUCCUCCCAAACCACUUCAUAUUCCUCUCCCGUCUCUCCUCCGUCCCAAUCCCACCCUCAGCAGCCUCCAUCUUCCGCAACGUAUUCUUGACACCGGCGACACGCAUCCGCUCAACUAACGCGGCGUUGGCUUUGAGCGCAGCGCGGGCGGAUUUGGCUUGCCGUUCGGAUUUGCGGAAGUUCAGGGCGUGGGCUGUUGUUGAGGUUUUUUUUGGAGGGGCGGGCUUUUUUUUGGUUAUUUUUGAAGAGGUCGGGUUGAGGGAGGGGUCUGGUGGUGGGGCUGGGGCGGAGGCUUUCUUCAGGGAGCGUUUUGUUGAGGUUUCCUUUAAGAGGGUGUCCUGUUGGUGGGUUGGGAAUUAGAAAUGGAGUUUUAACAUGGAGGUGACACUCAACGAUAUGGGUGGGAGGUGGCCCGGGGAUAGCCUGCAUCCGGAAACAUGGAGGGAGGACUUACCACCGCUUUGCGUAGUUUCUGCGACAUGUUGAGUGUUUGCUUGUGUUUGGGGGCGGUAGCGAGAAGGGGAGGGCUUUCCGGAAGGGGCGACGGGAGAAAAGGGAGCGCGGCCUCUCGUAAGCAGCAUUCGCAUCACACUCCGACCCCCCUCGUUGUCCUGCUGUACUUGCAAGCCCAACCGGGACAGUCGGGCUCCCCAACCUACAACGGGCGAUUGGGGGAACUACGGGGCGAUUCCGAUGGGGAGAGCAGUUAUGAUCUUC